AGAUCCUCUUUCUCUUUUCCCUUUCUCUCUUUUCUCUGCAAUUUUCAACCUUCUUUCUAUUUCUUCUUCACCAUGCAGCAAUCUUGAUCUAUACCAAAAUAUCGAUAUCAAUGGAUUUACUUGAAGGCGUUGGAGAGAGUUCAUCGCCACCUCGUUCCUUCGGCGGCGGUUACACGAACUACGAUAUCAGAACCGACGUUUAUAACCGUUUGGUUGAAACCGGUCACGAACAAGCCGUAUCGAAUCCGGAGUUUCGUGAACAGCUUGAUUCUCACUUCAAUCGUUUGCCUCCAAGUUAUGGACUUGAUGUGAAUGUUGAUAGAGCUGAAGAUGUUUUACUUCAUAGGAGUCUUCUUGAUUUGGCAAGAGAUCCUGAUAAGCGUCCCGUUUACCAUAUUCGUUUAUUGGAGAAUAUUGCUACUAGGACAGAUGGUGAGGAUCAAGAAAUUGUUAAUACUCAUACUCGCCCCGAGUCUUCUUCUCAUGCAACAAAUGGGGGAGUCAUAGCAUCUAAUAAGAGGACAAGAGAUCUGGCAACCGAGUUUGAGACUUACUCGAAGCUUGAGGAUCUAAAUUUGGAUGUUAUGAAGAACUCCAAGGAUAAAAUUGACAGCUUUUCCCAGAGGCAUGAACAUUCAAGUGUCCCGGUUCAUGAAAUAAUAUUUUCCGCUGUUGACAAACCAAAGCUUUUAAGUCAGCUGUCCGCAUUGCUGUCUGAUAUUGGGCUUAACAUCCGUGAAGCACAUGUAUUUUCCACAACUGAUGGAUACUCCCUUGAUGUUUUUGUGGUGGAUGGAUGGCCACUAGAGGAAACUGAUGGUUUGUAUGCUGCUAUGGAAAAAGCUGUAGCAAGGAGUGAGGGGUCAUGGUCUCAUUCUUCAAAUUCUCAUUCAGCUGUGGAGAAAGCCUUAGCAGCAGAAGGAAAAUCUGGAGACUGGGAAAUAGACAGGAGGUCAUUAAAGAUAGGAGAAAAAAUAGCAUCUGGAUCCUGUGGAGAUUUGCAUCAUGGAGUUUAUCUUGGUGAAGAUGUUGCUGUUAAGGUUCUGAAAUCUGAUCAACUGAAUGAUGCCUUAGAGGAUGAGUUUACUCAAGAAAUAGCAAUUUUGAGACAGGUAGAACAUAAAAAUGUUGUCCGUUUCAUUGGUGCAUGCACAAAGUGUCCACAUUUGUGCAUAGUAACAGAGUAUAUGACUGGGGGAAGUCUGUAUGAUUACUUGCACAAAAAUCAUAAUGUCUUGGAGCUAUCUCAAUUACUCAAGUUUGCAAUUGAUGUCUGCAAAGGAAUGGAGUAUUUGCAUGGAAACAACAUAAUUCACAGGGAUCUGAAGACAGCCAAUUUGCUGAUGGAUGCUCACAACGUUGUUAAAGUGGCAGAUUUUGGAGUUGCCCGGUUCCUAAUUCAGGGGGGAGUGAUGACUGCAGAAACUGGAACCUAUAGAUGGAUGGCUCCAGAGGUCAUAAACCACCAGCCUUAUGAUCAAAAGGCAGAUGUCUUCAGUUUUGCAAUAGUCCUAUGGGAACUAGUGACAGCAAAGAUACCAUACGAUACCAUGACUCCACUACAAGCUGCUUUGGGUGUGAGACAGGGGCUGCGACCAGAACUUCCAAAGAACGGGCACCCUAAACUAUUAGAUUUGAUGCAAAGAUGUUGGGAAGCAAUUCCUAGCAGUCGUCCAUCCUUCAAUGAGAUAAGAGUUGAACUUGAAAAUCUUUUGCUAGAAGUGGAGAAUUAUUCAGAAGUUAAUGGGGCUUAACCUUUCAAGGUCAAACUAUUACAUUCCAGUUAUUUUCAGACGGUUGGGGAGGUCUUUCGCUAUUCAAAUAGCUGUAGAGUUUCUCAUGCUCCCUUUUGCACCGAGGGAAAAAGGACUUCACAAAACUGACCAAUACAGAGUGAGAAAAUGUAAAGAGGCAUACUAAUGUUAUAGUUGACAUAUAACUUAAAUAUAUAUCCCAUGAAAAAUCACGUCCAACUUAACUGUGUAAAGAUAUUUUGAAAAGUGGAAUUUAUUCCAUGCUGUUAUUGAUAUGUUCUUUCAAAUGACGUGAAGUCAAUGAAGUGUAUUUUGUGAGUAAUUUUUCUGUUGAUCAACUAAUGUUUCGUAUUGUAUAUAUUGCACGAGGCGAUGAGCCCGGCUAUCCAAGCUAGUUUAGUGCAAAGUGUUGCUGGUACCAA